GUAGAAAGUCUUGUCAAUGCAGUUAGGCAACGAAAGGAUUCAGUUGGUAAGACUUUCUUCAUAGUGGUAACUAGACCCGCUGUAAUUCGCUCUUAUAGCCCCUUUUUAACCCCUACAUGGUCGCUGUGCCGUUCUUUUAUGGGGCUUAGUAACCUAGAGGAACGCCAAUGUAGAUAGGUGCCUAAGGUAUGAUGUAGAUAUAUAAAAGCGGCUCUCCAAACAAUAUCAGUUGAAUUCAACUGCUUCUUUCAAGCAGCUAUCGUCUUCUUUAUAUUUAAAAAAAUAACCACUCAAUUGAAUAUGGUUUACAUUCCACCAGUCGAAAAUGUCGACAGGCUCAUCGCCUACCUUAUGACAGACCUCUCCAACAAUCAGCUCAAGAGCUUCAAGAAGAAAUUCGAGCUCGGCAGUUGCGCACCAUUCGCAACCAUGCUAGAGCUCGUGAUCAAGAAGCCACCAAAGGACUACAUCGGCAAGUCGCAUGCGUAUAUCCGACGCGAAGAAGAAAAAGCCGGUCGCGAUGACGCAUUCAUCAUCAUCGAUGAGCAGGUCAUCAAGAAAGACGCUGUGUGGUACGUGGAGCGUUUCGCGGAAAAAGACGAGGUGGAUGAUGGCGAGGCCGUGUCAACCAAUGUGCUCUGGGAGGGAUUGAUAAAGACGGAAUGUCUUGCGCUGUCGUAUGUCAAUUAUAGUAUUGCCAACAUGACGCUUGUUGAGGAUCUUGAACUCGACAUGCCUGCGCCUGAGAACUACGUACAGGAUGCUGUGAUUGAAUGCGGUGGUUUGGAUAUGAAGGAGUUCAGUUAUGACCAGCCGGCUUUUAUUAUAGCUUGGCCAGGCGAGUUUGAGGAAACUACAGAUCCAGAUAUUCUGUCAAAUUUUGCGCCCGAUCCAGAUCGCGUGGGUCGGUUGAAGGAAGAUGUGGCGAAGGCCGUGGGAGUGAAGAGCGAAUGGAGUUUCAUUUCGGAUCCGGAUGAGAAAAGAGUGAAAAUGCCGGAUGGCUCGACGAAGAAGGUCCCUAAAGGAAGCGUCUCUUUGCAGCAAAAGUUUGAUCCGGAGUUUCCUUGGCCACCGUACAAGUGGCCGGAAGAGUCAUUGUAGAAUGUGGCACUGGCGGGGUAUAUAUGGUGUCCUAUGCUGCAAUAUCAUUGUGUUUUAGUCACAUAGUUAGUCACAGAGUAUUUAGUAAAAUUGCAUAUAAACAUUGGGGGGUAAUUGUGCUGAUACUAAUUAGGCCUCUUCGCGAUUUGCAGGGUGAGGGAACCCGAGGAAAACCUGAUCAAUGUGGC